AUGGCGUCGGCCAAAUCCCUCGCGCGGAAGGCCGCGUUGAACGACCCCGCUCAGUUCUCUAUGUUGCCGAAUCAGAUCCAGAGCGAGGUCGCGACGAGACAGCGACGGCGCCUCGCUCGAGCGGCGGACCAGCAGCAGAACGAGAUGAAGGAGCACCUAAAGCUCGCGGAGGCCGCGAAGGCAGUAGCGGCAGAGAUCGGCGUCGGGGCGGUGACGCUGCACCAGCUGCGCCUCGCGGGCGCCGGCAUCCACGUCGGCGAGAGAUCCCGGUCGCUCGAGGGGGCCCGACGCCGGGGCUGCUGGGCACAGGCAAAGGGCACGCACAGACGCGAGCACUGCAGCCGGCCGAGCGCAAAGCACGAGAGGCACCCCGAGGGGCAGCGGAGACUGCGCUAUGCGCGCGAGCGCCACGUGCUUCCGAUCCUCCCAGGCCUGCCGAACUCCGUUCGGCUCCGCGAGGCGGUGCGGACCCGGCAGGCCCGUGGAGCACUCUGCGGAUAG